AUGAGCCGAGCCCCCCCGUCCUGGGCAGCCUGGCCCCGGGGCAGCAGCAUGGGGUCCGGCGGCCCCCGGUGCCUCCUCCGCGCGCUCUGCAUCCUCUCGGUGCUGGCCGGGCGCCUGCCCCCCACCACAGCCCAGUGGUUUUACCCCCUGGGCUCAGAGGACACCACACCUGAUCCAGACACCAGCCCCACGGCCCCCACGGAGCCCAUCCUGGACGGGGAGGAAGACGGAGAUGCCGGCGGCGUGGAGCCCACGCGGAAGGUGCUGCUGAGCAAACCCCCACUGGCGACGGCCCCCAGACGCCGGGAGCCCCUCGCCAGGGGAGCUGCGAAGGGUCCGGGCCAUUCCCCACCACGCACACGAGGCCAGCACCGACCCACGGCCACCCAGGAGAUCUUCGAGGGGAGCGCGGAGGAAGAGGAGUUCCUGCAGAUCAAGACAACGGCGAAGGGGCUGCCCCGGCGGGUGCCCCCAGCCCUGGAGAAGGACCCUGCCCUCCAGAUACACAACGGCUCCGGCUGCAUCUGCCCCGUGCGCCCCGGCCCUCCUGGCCCAAAGGGAGAGAAAGGCGACCGAGGGUCCCCGGGAGAGAAAGGCCAGCCCGGAUUCUCUGGGGAAAGAGGGAAGUCCGGCAGCCCGGGGCAGCCAGGUCACCAGGGUCCUCGGGGCCCCCCGGGUCCGCCGGGACCCCCGGGACCCCCGGGACCCCCAGGCACGUGGGGAGCCAGGAGCCCACCUGCACCCGUAGCCCUGCCCGAGGGGUCGGUGAAUGAGCUGGGAGCAUCCAGCCCUGCGGGAAACCCAGGACCCCCAGGUCCCCCCGGGCUGCCCGGCCUGCCAGGACCCCCAGGCUACCCAGGCCACGAAGGGCCCCCGGGGGUCCCUGGGCGGGAGGGGCAGCCGGGACCCCCAGGCCUGCCAGGGGCUGUGGGACCACCCGGUUUCCCCGGGGCUGAAGGACCUCCGGGGUCUCCAGGCUCAGCUGGGCCAGAUGGACCCCCGGGGGCACCAGGGCUGCCAGGACCACAGGGUCUCCCCGGGGUGCCUGGGCACGAAGGACCCCCCGGUCCCACAGGACCUGCGUCGCUCCCUGGCAAACCAGGGCUCCGAGGGGAGCCGGGGUUCCCCGGACUAAAGGGUGAGAAGGGCGAGCACGGACUGCCGGGCAUGCCGGGGAGCCCUGGCCGGACCGGAGAGAUGGGGUCCCCGGGCAUGCCCGGUCCCAUGGGGCCGCCGGGGCCACCGGGGGACUACAGGUGUGACCCCCACCACGCAGGGCACCGCGGGUCAGCCGGGCCGCCGGGCCCCAAGGGAGAAAAGGGUGACCCCGGAGAGCAGGGGUGCUGCUACGGGGAACACGGGUGCAAACCAGGCCACCUCCCCUUGCCCAGCACCGGCAGCCAGUCCGGCUCCUGGGUGCCCAUCAGUGGGUACCACACGGGCGGCAAAGAGGAUACAGAGGUUUACGGAGCGAUCAUCCCUCAUGGUCUUCGAGGUCCCCCUGGGAACCCUGGGCCCCCCGGGCCCCCCGGCCCCCCUGGAGCACCAGGUCUCCUCUACCUCAAUAGGGUUUACCCCAUCCGUGCCCAGCCACCCUGCAAGCAGCCGGCAGCCGGCAAUACAGGCUGGCCAGCAGAUGCUGACGUCCCUCAGACUGAGCCACCGGACUCCCACACCGAUCUCCGGCGCCAGACGUGGGUCUUCAGGUCCAAGGAGCUGAUGCUGAAGUCGGGCAGCGCCGUGCCCGAGGGGAGCCUGGUCUACGUGCGGGAAGGGAGCAGCGCCUUCCUCCGGACCCCCACGGGCUGGAGCCGCCUCCUGCUGGAGGAUUCGGAGUCGCUCUUCGCCGGGGACGACCCCUCCGCCUCCACCCCACAGUACCAGGAGGCGAAGCAGGUGAAGACGAGAGAUCCGGACACGGGGCCGUCCACGCUGGCCCCACCGGACUCGCUGGCCCAGAAGGUGGAGGGACAAGGGCUGCCCCAGAUGCUGCCAACCACCAUCGUCCCACGGAUCCCAUCACUCCGCCUGGCCGCCCUGAACGUGCCCCUCGCCGGCGACAUGAGCGGGAUCCGCGGCGCCGACCUGCAGUGCUACCGGCAGUCCCAGGAGGCUCAGCUCUACGGCACCUUCCGGGCGUUCCUGUCAGCCCCCACCCAGGACCUGGCCUCCAUCGUCAAGAGGACGGACAGGACCCUCCCCAUCGUCAACCUGAAGGGCCAGCUGCUGGCCAAGUCCUGGAGCUCCCUCUUCGAGGGCCAGGCCGGGGCGGCCCCACGGAGCCCCAUCUACUCCUUCAACGGGCGCAACAUCCUGACAGAUCCCCUCUGGCCUCGACGGCUGGCCUGGCACGGGUCCACGCCGCGGGGUGGCCAAGCCCGCAGGCGGGAUUGCCAGGGCUGGCACAGCUCUGGCCCCGGGGUGGGUCUGGCCACCCCCCUGGGCGAGGGCAGGCUGCUGGCCGGGCAGCGGCACAACUGUUCCGAGGCGCUGGCGGUGCUCUGCGUGGAGGUGGCCUUUCCUUACCGGCACAUGUGGUGACCCCCAGCCGCACGUCCCAGGCAGCCCCUGCCCCUACCCCCGCAUCCUCUGGGGCUGGGGAAACAGCCCCGGGAACCCUGUGG